GCCCAGACAUGCCAGUCCUUGCAAGGUGAAACCUUCAAUGGGAGCCUUGUUUUCGAAAGAUGCAAACCGUCAGGCACUCUGAACAGACACUGAAAACAGCUCUCAUUUCAAAGACCCCAGUGCUUGUGUCGCAGUAUGAGAACUUCAAUGCUGGGGAACAGCGUUUGAUGAACGAAGCCUUUCAACCAAACAGUGAUCUCUUUGGACCCAUUACCUUGCAUUCGGAAUCAGACUGGAUUACCUCCCAUCCUGAGACCCCACAAGACUUUGAACAGUUCUACAAUGAUCCUAAAAGAAAGAUACCGUCUCCAGACAAAUGCACUAUCUAUAUACAGGCUAUUGGAUCUCUAGGGAACACCCGAAUUAUCAGUGAAGAAUAUAUUAAAUGGCUUAAGGGCUACUGUGAAGCAUUUUUCUAUGGCUUGAGAGUAAAACUCCUAGAACCCAUUCCUGUUUCUGCCACAAGAUGUUCCUUCAGAGUCAAUGAUAACACACAAAACCUACAAAUCCAUGCUGGGGACAUCUUGAAGUUCUUAAAAAGGAAGAAACCAGGAAAUGCCUUCUGUGUUGUGGGGAUAACGAUGAUUGAUCUUUACCCAAGAGACUCCUGGAAUUUUGUCUUUGGGCAAGCCUCUUUGACAGAUGGUGUGGGGAUAUUCAGCUUUGCCAGGUAUGGCAGUGAUUUUUAUAGCUCACACUAUGAGGGCAAAGUGAGGAAGCUGGAGAGACCAUCUUCAAGUGAAUACUCAGUCUUUGAUAACUAUUACAUUCCUGAAAUCACAAGUAUAUUUCUGCUUCGAUCCUGUAAGACUUUGACCCAUGAGAUUGGCCACAUCUUUGGACUGCGACACUGCCAGUGGCUCUCAUGCCUGAUGCAAGGCUCCAACCACUUGGAAGAAGCUGACAGGCGCCCUCCAAAUCUUUGUCCCAUCUGUUUACGCAAGUUGCAGUCCGCUAUUGGCUUCAACAUAGUAGAAAGAUACAAAGCACUGCUGAGGUGGAUUGAUGGUGAAUCUGCUGACUUACCCGGGAUAAUGCCAAAACACAGUCAUGAGGGGGAAGUGAAUUUGCCAGAACGUGUGGAAGCCUUUAAGGAAUGGAAAGAGUGGAUAAUUAAAUGCCUUGCUGUUCUCCAAAAAUAAGGACCUUCAAAUAGGAGUAAUUGAAAUAAAAUACUCGCAUAUGAUACUAUCUUUUUGGUGGAGUACCUCAUUGGAGUAAACUGAGUGCUUCCUGAUAGUACACUGCCAGGGUCACUGAAUAGUGCCUUCUUUAAAGCACCUGAACGUUGAAAUGGGGUGCAUUUAGAGUCAUUAAA